AUGGCGCGACCAGUGCUUCGUGGGGGCUUCGGCAACGGCUGCAAUGGCUGGACCAGGUGGCGCAAGCGCUGGCGUUUAUUCACGCGCGUCGCAUCGUGCAUCGUGACCUGGCCAGCCGGAAUGUUUUACUCACGCCCAUGAUGCUAUGCAAGCUUGCUGAUUUCGGCCUGAGCCGUGCGCUGCAAAAUGCACAGGAAUAUUAUCGGCCUAGUCAGGAUGACCACGUCCCCUUCCGGUGGAUGAGUCCAGAAACGUUGGUCGGUGGUGCAGCCACCAUGGCGAGCGAUGUUUGGGCAUUUGGCGUGGUGUGCUACGAGGUGAUCACGGGACUGGUGCCGUAUGCGGGGCUGGACAUGCCCAAAGUGGUGGCUUUGCUAAAGAACGAGGGGCGCUUGGCCCUUCCAGCCGGUACCCCGCCAGGUCUCGAGCGCUUGGUGGCGGCCUGCUGGCAGACCAGCCCGGACGUGCGGCCAACCGCGGCCGCUCUGAGCCCGGCGCUGAGUGCCAUUGCUACUGCACUUUCCGUGCCGCUUGCGGACGUCAACCCAGCCUUGCAGGAGGAGACUCGAAUUUGA